CUCCCACAGCGUGGCUGCUUUGGGAGGGGCCGUUCUCAGAGACACGCUGCAGUGGCAGCACCAGACACACAUGAGACUUCCCUGGUGCGUGUGGGGUUGUGUGAGACAGACAGACAGACAGACAGACAUUAGAGAAGGUAGUUGUGCCCGAGGGUUGUAGGUCUAUGUGCACCUUUGCAUUUGCUUGGCAUCAUUACCACCUGUCCUGCUGAAUGUCUAGACUGAAGACACCCGCCACUUCCCACCUUCUACCCCUGGUCCGAGUCAAAGGGACACGAGGGUUUUCUCUCCAGCCACAAUGAGUGAUGUUGCCAUUGUGAAGGAAGGAUGGCUACAUAAGCGAGGAGAAUAUAUAAAGACAUGGAGACCAAGAUACUUUUUACUCAAGAGUGACGGAACUUUUAUUGGGUACAAAGAGCGACCGCAAGAUAUUGACCAGCUGGAAACUCCACUCAAUAACUUCUCAGUGGCACAAUGUCAGCUGAUGAAGACGGAGCGACCAAAGACAAACACCUUUAUUAUUCGGUGCCUGCAGUGGACUACUGUUAUUGAACGCACUUUUCAUGUUGAUACUCCAGAAGAAAGGGAGGAGUGGACGAAGGCCAUCCAGGCGGUGGCAGAUAGUCUACAGAAGCAGGAGGAAGAGAGGAUGGACUCUUCACCUGAUCCCAUGGACAUGGAGAUGUACCUGUCCAAACCUCGACUCAAAGUGACUUUUCUUUAUGUUGUGCAGACAAUGCAUGACUUUGAAUACCUCAAACUCUUGGGGAAAGGCACUUUUGGGAAGGUCAUACUGGUGAAGGAGAAAGCCACGGGCAAAUACUACGCCAUGAAAAUUCUCAAGAAGGAUGUGAUAGUAGCAAAAGAUGAGGUUGCACACACACUUACUGAAAACCGGGUCCUCCAGAACUCCAAACACCCUUUCUUAACGGGUCUGAAGUAUUCUUUCCAGACUCAUGACCGAUUAUGUUUUGUUAUGGAGUAUGCAAAUGGAGGAGAGCUUUUCUUUCAUUUAUCGCGAGAUCGUGUUUUUUCGGAAGAGAGAGCGAAGUUUUAUGGGGCCGAGAUCGUCUCAGCCCUGGAUUACCUUCAUUCCGAAAGAAACGUGGUUUAUAGAGACCUAAAGUUGGAGAACCUGAUGCUGGAUAAAGAUGGCCAUAUAAAGAUCACAGAUUUUGGCCUGUGUAAGGAAGGAAUUACAGACGGAGCAACAAUGAAGACAUUCUGUGGUACACCAGAGUAUCUCGCUCCAGAGGUUCUUGAGGACAAUGAUUAUGGCCGGGCGGUGGACUGGUGGGGUUUGGGUGUGGUCAUGUACGAGAUGAUGUGCGGCCGGUUGCCCUUCUACAACCAGGAUCAUGAGAAGCUCUUUGAAUUAAUCCUCAUGGAUGAGAUCCGUUUCCCUCGUACACUUGGGCCCGAGGCAAAAUCAUUGCUCUCAGGACUGCUUCAGAAAGACCCGAAACAGCGGUUAGGUGGAGGUCCAGAUGAUGCAAAAGAAAUCAUGCAGCAUAAGUUCUUUGAAGGUAUUGAGUGGCAAGAUGUUUAUGAGAAGAAGCUUGUUCCACCUUUUAAGCCUCAGGUAACCUCAGAAACAGACACUCGCUAUUUUGAUGUGGAGUUUACAGGGCAGACCAUCACCAUCACACCCCCAGGCCAAGAUGAAAACAUGGAGUCUUUUGACAGUGAUAGAAGACCCCACUUCCCUCAGUUCUCAUAUUCUGCCAGUGGGACAGCAUGAAGAACCCUUUAAAAGAA